UACUUAUAUGUUCUCCUCUUAUUCUUGUCAGUAGCGCUCGAGCCACCGAUUGAGCAAGAACUUACUCCCAGUGGAAGUGUGGCAGUCAUCAAAUCGUGUUCCUGGAGAUAAAUUGAUGUCUCGAGGGGCAUAUAAGUGUGAAAAUUAAAAUCAGAAGUGGCAGAUAUCAAUUAUUUGGACUGCAGUAAUUACAGAGCAAUCACUGAAUGACCACAAUGACGAUUUCUAUCCAGUGAAUAGUGGCCGGACGGUAGUCAUCAAGCCUCCUAUUAUUCUGUACUUAACCAUUCGUCCUCCGUGGAUAAUUCCAUCGGAAUUUUCGACACGGAGAAUCGAACAAGGUUCGAGUAACCAAUAGCAAUGGCAGUCAAGAAGUGGUUUCGCAGUCUGCAGCCCGUUCAACUCUAUGUGGUGCUCUUCUUCACGACGGCCUUCUUCGUCGUGGAACUAGUAGCCAGUCACCUUACGCAUGCACUGACACUGUUGCUCAAUGCUUAUCACAUGCUCUGUAAUAUUGUCGCUCUGGUUGGAUGUAUAGCCUCGAUAAAGUACGAGCAACGUGAUCGCUAUCAACUGGAAAGUAAUAGCUGUAGUUCGCAAGGAAACUCAUCGACAUCCAUUAACGAUGAGAGUAAAGAAACAUCAGUAUCAUUGCCACGUAGACCAACGCCAUCAAAGUCCGAUAGAAGAAUGAAAAAUACUUUUGGCUGGGCUAGAAUCGACAUAGUCAUCAUCCUCGUAUGCUGCGUUCUUCAUGCAUCCUUUUGCUUCUCCCUCGUCGUAGAAGCUUUGCAAACCCUAGUGCACAUUGAUCAUACAGAUGCGAUACAUCACGUAGUUCCGGUAUUCUGUAUAGGAGCUGCUGGAAUAUUGCUGAACGUAUUCUGUUACAUCCUUAUAGGUGGCUAUACGUUUAACCAGGGUGUUUUUCUUCACGUUACCAAGCACGGGAACGUCGUCUUUAAAAAGAACGUGAGCUCACAGCCUGCGAAGGACGGCGAACAGCAACUCUCUGGGCAUAGUCGUUGGAGUCCCCUGGCCUUGCCCAGGAGCCAAGGCUUUCGAGAAAUGUGUCGAGACGUUUUGGGAUGUUUUUUUGUCACCCUGGUAGCGGUUCUGGUUUACUUUACGGAUGGAGACAUAGCCAAGUACUUCGAUCCUGUCUUGGCUAUUAUUUCUGCGCUGUGUCUCUUCAUGCUGAGUUAUCCUUACAUGAGAGAGUCUGGAUAUAUUUUACUUCAAACGAUACCAAAUCAUAUGAAUAUCGAUGCCUUGAAACGGGAACUUCUGAUGGCCUUUCCGGGGAUCGUGAAUGUUCAUGAUUUUCAUGUCUGGCAGCUUACGGGACAGAAAAUUGUAUCGACAGUACAUAUUAUCUUUAUGGAUCCCACGGUUUAUGCGAGUAUUACUGACCAAGUGACAAACUUCUUCAACGAAAUGGGCAUAACGCAAGUGACAAUUCAACCUGAAUUUGAUAAGAUGAAGCCCAAAAUAGGCAAACUGGAAUGUCUAAUCCCCUGUCAAAGUGGACGUUGUAGUUCUCCCCAGUGCUGUACAGGGGAACAGGAGGAAGAGAAUUCUUCGACAGUACAUCCACCAACAUUCGUCCCAUGCAUAAACAAGAAAUUUGAUAAGAAAGAAAUUUUACCGUCACCUGACUUGGAUUUAAAGAAAUUUACGGUUGGCGAGAAGGCGCCGGAAGUUAAAGAACUUAAAGUUCCCGAGCUUUCUGAGGAGAAUCGUCUUUCUACCAGUAGUUCCUGUUCGAUUAUAAAUGAGCUGAUUUCUAGUACUCAAGAAGAAGAAGAACCAAUUAACGUUCCUAAAAACUCAACGUGAAUAUAUUAUAUUUUUAUAGAAAAAAAGAGAACACAACACAAGACUGGAGAGAACUUGAACACUCGAUACUUAAAAUGUGAUGCAAAAGGAUAUAUAGAAAACAAAAAAGAAAGGAAUUCCUAUUGUAAUAGAAAGCCCAUCACACCGACCAAAAAUUAGGGAAAUAGUAGGAUUAAAUAGAAUGGGAAUGUAAUUGUAUAUAAACUUUAGAAAAAGCAUUUAAGGGUAUAGAGAAAUUUCAACGAUGAACAAUUGAACUAAUUUAUUUGGUACAAUGGAGGUUUCCACAAAUGUUUUGCACCUAAUUCAAAUCGCUUUUUCAGAUUUUCCUUGAAGGCAGUCAGACAAGUACUUCAGUUUCGCGCUCGAUUCAGACAGAGCCAUGGAAUUCCAUAUGUAAUGAUUUAAAGUGAUGACGUUAUAUCCUAGUAUCUGCAACUGACGCUUGUUCAUUUCAUAAACUCCCUUUAGAUAGGUUCCGUUAUUAGAGAACGAAUUGGGCCCAUGUAAGAUCAAGGCUGUCCUAGAAAAAAAAGAGAAAAACACGAGAUUCAAGAUCACUCUUAUUCACCUGUAUUUUUAUAUUUUUAAGGAUUAUAAGUAACUAAAGAUUGUACAUACAAUAUAUUUCAGUAAAUAGAUCGUUCAUGUUUUUAUCCAGCUCAUAUAGAUUAUGUAGAAAAUUAAACUUUAUAAUAACUUCACGUGUAAAAAACGAAUAUAACGAUACAUUGGUAGAAUAAACUGGACGAAUUAUACUCA